AUGAUGCUUAUACUCAAUACUAUUGUAGAUAUAGACCCAGAACAUUAUGAACAUUACUUUGAAUAUUCUAUUUUUAAUUUAUUUAUAUCAAAACAGUUUGCUACUUCUGAGCAAAAGUGA